GAUGGCGGCGGUAGCGGCUGCACGAGCAGUUUCUGUGGGUUCCGGGCUACGGGGUCUGCAACGGACACUGCCUCUUGUAGUGAUUCUUGGGGCGACCGGCACCGGCAAAUCCACCCUGGCGUUGCAGCUAGGCCAGCGGCUCGGUGGCGAAAUCGUCAGCGCUGACUCCAUGCAGGUUUAUGAAGGCUUAGACAUCAUCACCAACAAGGUUUCUGCCCAAGAGCAGAGAAUGUGCCAGCACCACAUGAUCAGCUUUGUGGAUCCUCUUGUGACAAAUUACACAGUUGUGGACUUCAGGAACAAGGCAACUGCUCUGAUUGAAGAUAUAUUUGCCCGAGACAAAAUUCCUAUUGUCGUGGGAGGAACGAAUUAUUACAUUGAGGCUCUGCUCUGGAAAGUUCUUGUCAGUACUAAGCCCCAGGAGAUGGACACUGAGAAAGUGACUGACCGGAAAGCAGAGCUUGAAAAGGAGGAUGGCCAUGCACUCCACAAACGCUUAAGCCAGGUGGACCCAGAAAUGGCUGCCAAGCUGCACCCACAUGACAAGCGCAAAGUGGCCCGGAGCUUGCAAGUGUUUGAAGAAACGGGAAUCUCUCAUAGUGAAUUUCUUCAUCGUCAACACUCAGAGGAAGGUGGUGGUCCCCUUGGAGGCCCUCUGAAGUUCCCUAACCUUUGCAUCCUCUGGCUUCAUGCUGACCAGACAGGAGCUCCCAGUCCAGCGGGGUGCAAACAAGAUAGAUCCUACAUUGUGAUAAAUGCUGGGCUAGAAAGUGCUGUGAGGCUACAGACAAGGGAUGAUGAGCACUCUUCUGGGGGCAUCCAGGGACCCAUUUUGAAAGUUCUAGAUGAGCGCUUGGAUAAGAGAGUGGAUGACAUGCUUGCUGCUGGGCUCUUGGAUGAACUAAGAGACUUUCACAGGCGCUAUAAUCAGAAGAAAGUUGCAGAAAAUAGCCAGGACUAUCAACAUGGUAUCUUCCAAUCCAUUGGCUUCAAGGAAUUUCAUGAGUACCUGGUCACUGAGGGAAAAUGCACACCAGAGACCAGUAACCAGCUCCUAAAGAAAGGUAUUGAGUCUCUGAAACAGGUGACCAAGAGAUAUGCCCGGAAGCAAAACCGAUGGGUUAAAAACCGCUUUUUGAAUAAUAAGGAAGUGGAGGCUUCGAGAAGUUAAAUAUCUUGCCAAAAACCUGCCAGCUGAAUAAGCUGUAUUGAAUGCAGGCCUGACCCCCCCACCCCCCCCCCCCCCACACACACACACACUGUACUUCAUAGCACUCUUCUUGUUUCCUGUAGCUAUAACUUUAGCUAGACAGCAUUGGUAUUGGGCCUCAGGUAAGAAAUGGUGUGGUUAUGAGCCAAAUGGAGAUUGAUUUAAAAGAGAUUGAAUACCAGUGAAACACCAACUCUAUCUUAUAGGCACUUUUUAAAUAUGCUUCUAAAUCAUCCCGUUUACCUUUUGCCAUUAGACUUCUGCUUUCAGUUAUAGGUAAGAACAGCUGAGGCCUCCGCUCUGCUCUUUAGUGUCUCUGAACACAAGCACCUUGGUCCAUGUUGUUGACCACCGAUCGCUACAGUUCUUUCUCCUGCUCUUGCUCUCUGCCAGACCUCUCUAGCAUAGUUCUGGCACCAUCAAGCUCUAUAUACUUCCUUCUCCUUACCCUGUUUUCUCUGCAUGACCUUUUAGGUGAAUUCUUUGCUUCAGCUAAAAUUGAAAUUGAAUUGCGUCAACGGACACUCACUACUACAGAUUUCUAAUGCAGCUUCUCUUCUCCCCAGGGCUAACAAUUAAUCUGUAACAAAAGAUGUUUUUUUGUAAUGAUUUGAAACUUCCUCCUGUGGUAAAGCCACAGUAACUCCCCCAUCUCUGAGUCCGGAGGGAUUGAUGGCCCAGAGCAUCAUCUGCCCAUUCCUCAUUCAUGUGUAUGUCGGCACAGUCCUGGUGCUAGAGUGAAAGGCGCAGCUGCCUUGUAAACCAGGAGCUGAGUGUGAUUGGCCGGGGCUAGUCUGCGGGGAUAUGGUUCUGGCAAGAAGCCAGAGGGAUUUCCCCGCCCCAACUUGGCCUUGGACCCAAGCCAGAAAUAGCAGCUGGGAGCCGAGAACUUGUUGAAAGGUGCUUAGACAGGGCACAGAAGCCCAACAAAGGACUCAGAGGGGAAAGGAAAAUAUAGAGUGGCCUGAAAACAGGUGCAGAGCUUAGCCAAGGCCAGGUGUGCUGUGGAUGCUGCCUGCACCCUCCUGGUCUCACCUUUCCGUGUGGUGGCAGGUGCAGCCCAGGCCAUUUUAUGAAGAAUCUUAUUUGUGGUUGGCACAAUCAAAAGGCCAGCACCUGCCAGCCGUUGGCAUCCUAAGGACUUUGAUGUUUUUGUCCAUGGGGAGAUGCUCUUUGCCUUUAGGCAACUGACUUAACCUAGCGGUGGAAGGCAAUGUAGUGUGUCUAUAGAUGGGGGAGGCUACCAGCGGAGACCUAACAUGGUUGGCUCCAGUGGAUGAAACGCCUGUAGCUGUACCCUAGGCGGUCUCCAGUCUCCUCUCCAUUCAGAAGUGUUUACCAAAGGAUGUUUUCUUGAAUACUCCUGUAGAUCUGUUUCCUAAAAGAAAGGGGCUCAACUAGUUCAAUUUCAAGGCUUUCUAGUUCUCAGAUUUAGUGGCUCAUUGGCUGAUAAUUCUUCUGUUCCCGGUCCCCGAUUAUCAGUAUGGUGUCAAUGAGUUUCAUGAAUGCCGUACUGCUGAGGGAAUAUAUACAAACCCGAGAUUAGUGCCUGUUCCUCAAGAAAGCUUUGAACUCUCUUGCCACAAGAGCAACAUCACUGUAAGAUGAUAGGGAACUUAGAACAGGCAUUUACUUCAAGCUGUUAGUUUAUUUACUCCUGUGACGUGCUGUCUUUAUAUCACUAGAGCUAUUACUCCAUUCUGUUUUUCUGACUGAUCUGGAAGAUCCUGUCUCUGGAAGUCUGGAUUAUACAGCUAGACUUGUUGACUACAGAUCAGUGAGCCUUCUAGGUCAUUUUUGAAUUGCAUGUAGCUGUUUGUUCAUAUUUCUGGUUAGAAUGAAUGGCAUGGUCAGCAUGUUUAUUCCUUUGGCUCCAUAUAUUUCUCUUGAGGAUUCUGGAGUCCUGGGCGCAGAAUGGAUUGGGUGUCAGAGGCUGACCUGUCACGUCUUCUCUUUGUCAU